AUGGAAGAUAUGAGCACAACAUCUAGGGUGUUAGCUCCAUCAGGCGAUCCUAGUGCCAUAAGCAUGUGGCAGCAACCACCGCCACCAAUUUAUAUAACUUAUGGGCCAUCACCAGUUCCCCCACCACUACCACCACUAAGUUCUUCAGAAUUGUUCAUAAGAGCACCACCACCACUCAGUCAUCCUUGUCAGGAUCUACUUUCUGGAAGAGAAGACUACAUCAAUACUUGCGUUCCUUUAUACCAAGCUUCAUUUAAUGGAGAUUGGGAAGCAGCAAAAAUCAUCCUUAAUAAACGAUCAGAGCUGGUUCGAUAUAGCAUCACAUGUUGGUAUUUGGCAAUAUACACGAGUGAAUAA